AUUACCGGCAGGCUUAAUAAUGUCCGGGUAUUCCUCAAGUAAGGUGUGAAACGGCAUAUUACCAGAAAUUACUUUAAUUUUGGGGUAAGGACAAGCUGAAGCAUCUACAGCGGCUGAUGAGAGCAAAGUUAUUCCAUCGACUAAACGAGCAUAACGAACAUCGACAAGUAAAUGAUAAAAUGAGAGAAAAUCCACUCCGAUAAUAGGUUUGCUCACAUCAGCGAUUAAAAAGCGCCAACAAAACAUACGGCGUAAAUUAAAAUCAAGUGACAAGGUAAGCCAGCCAUAAGUACUAAUGGUAGUAUUAUUUGCGGCGUAAAGUUCAUAAUCAGUCUUAAUAUGACGUCGUUGCGCACGCAAAAAGCUAACCGGAUAAACACAUAGAUCGGACCCGGUGUCCACCAAAAACUGAAUUUUUGUUUUAGCGUCAGUAACAAAUAAACGCUUUGACACUGGAACACUUUCACUGGCCGCUACGAGCGACCGAUCUACUAGUUUUUUGAAUACGCACAAGGGGGAAUGCACUUAUCUGCCUUUUCCGCAUACUUGUAGUGGUACCAGCACAGGCGCUGGCCGAGAUACAUCACAAAAUAACUUGACUGAUCCAAAUGAUUUUUUUUCUAAAUUCAGAGAUGAACCGCCAUUGAUUAAGUCCCGAAGCUCUGUAUCCGUAGCCUGUGACAAAGCUAAAAUCUGUCAAAAAAAAAAAAAAAAAGCUAAAGUCUGUAAUCUGUAAGUCUGUAAUACCAUAUUAACCAAUAUCUGAGAUGACAUGAACGGAAACUAACCAAAAACCUAAUUUACCGGGCCUCUAUAACUAGAUUAUUACUUUCCAGAUAAAUAUUGACUUCGAGUUGUUGUAUCCCGAAAAGGGCUUAAACUUUUACUUAAACUGGGAUCCAUUUUAAGAAAAAAAGAUUGGACUGAAACAAACACAAGAUGAAAGAAUUAUAAACCUUAUUGAUUCUUUGAAGAACAUUGAAGGCGAAUUGAAACUCUCUACUCAGCUGACGAUCCCAGCAAAGCUGUUACCCCCCAAGUGAAGACUUGAAAAAAAAAAACACAACAGAAGAAGCGAUUGAAUCAUUAUUUAUCUGCAUUCCGGUAAGUGUUUAAUUUCUAUAGACAUUUUCAUAUUUUUACUUAAUCUUUAUUGCACAAUAGAAAACAUUAUCGUGCAAAACGCGGACUAAUCCUAUGAAGCAUUCUCUACCAGUCAAUUAAUUUCUGAUAAAUAAACUAAGAAUUUUUAAUUCUUAUUCUUUGAUGAUAAUAUUUUACACUACUAUUUUGUUCUAAUUAAUGACUACUAAACGUCAACAGAAUUAAGAUUUACUGACUUACAUUAAGAUAACAAUUAAAUGUGCAUUCUGUUCGCAGCGGAAUAAAUACGCCACCACCAACGCCGCCGGAGGAUAUAUCACCUCCUCACCACCUGAACUGGUGGCGGCCCUAAUAUGGUGGCCGCCGGCGGAUACACCUGGGCUUCCGCUGCUGCCGGUGCGCCCCGGAGACAUCGUGCAUCCAGCGCCUUCGCUACCACCAAGGCGUCUGAGGCGUCCGUUAACACCCGACCCGGUGGGUAACCUGGCUCCUCGGCAGGAACGGAGGCGCAGCGCGCCAAAUUAGGUUAGGUUAUAAGGUUAGGUUUAAGGUUAUACAUAAAUAUAAUGAAAGCUUAAAGUAGGUAUUAAAAUUUAUAAUUUACUUUUAAAAGUAGUUUCAUUUUAUUAUUAUAUUAUAAAUAUAAACUAAACCCAUCAAUAGUAUUAUUGAUUGACCUUUGUUGAACUUGUUAAGCACUCAACUUUUUUUUAACUCAGAAACUUAUAUAACAAGGCAAGUCGUCAAGAGAUUUAAUUUUAGAACCGAAACUGCGAGGUACGGAAUUUGAGUUGGGUCCUUAGAAUUAAUGCAAUUUUAAGUGAAUGUGUUACUAACCAGAUGUGCCGUUUCAUAUGGCGUUUAUGAAGAUUCUGGACAGUCAAAUUCUGGAGAUGAAUACUAUGAGCCGCGGAGCAAGAAUCUGAAGCAUGAGAUGUGAUAAGUGACGUUUUUAAAUAUAUACAUAGAGCGACUGUAUUAAUGCAUUAUCUCAGACGAAACCGUAGAGAAGAUUAUAGAGUAAUUCGUUUUCUUCUACAGUGGCUUUGUUUAUUAUUAGAUUGACUUCAACCCAUACAUCCGGAACACAACCCAUUACUCAUGGCACGCAUGGCAUACAACUGCAUUGUUCCACGUAUAUGGAAAUUACCCAGAUUUUCUGGUCGAGCGUAUUGUCCACUGUCACCUGGAUGAGCAUUAGCAGCUCCAUAAUACUCUAUUCGGAGUAUCGAUAUCUGUCGAAGGUGUCACGGCGGUUUCCCAGGAUUACGAAGCAACUGCCAUUUGGUUCAAGAUCAUAAACGACGAUGGAGAUCAUCCGACUCAUGAAAACUACAUGAUUAUUAAAUAUGCUCCGAUCCAGUGAUCUCGUGUGUGUUUAAGUGUGCAGUGCUAGCUAGUAUUUUAACUUUAGGGGUUAUAAGGUUUAAGUAGUAUCAGGGACCGUUUUAAAAAUAACGGAUGAAAAACAGAAAACAAAUUGUUGGCGUUAAUACGCGCCCCCACUGUCUGGAAGGCCUUCGAGGUGGAGGAGGAUAAGGAACGCUACGAUGAAGAUAAAGAUGACACCGAGCGAAAUUUAAAAACGAGCCGAUAUAUGCCAUGCUGUUAAAUGGUAGCGAGCCUGAGCUAAGUAUGCUUUGGCAUAUUGAGAUGCUACUAAAAGAAUCAUUAGAAGAAAUAGUACAUUGCUAUGGAGGCCGGGAAACUUGGGUUGCAGGCCAAGUAGAUAUAUACGGCUGAGCGUAACGAGGCCGGAUAAAGAUACGCGGCCGGCAACCCCGUUUCUCGCCGAGAUUUGUAUUGUGCUUUUCUCGGACUUGCAAUAAAACAAAAAAUUGUAGUCAAUUUGUUUUGUGGCGACGUACUCGGCUCGCCACUCUACCAGCGGUGCUUUACGCGCGUAAGUCCGCGCGCCAGCGCGAUGCGCCACCGCCGUUGCUUAGCAACGAAUACGCACAACAGAUCACCGUACCAAGCUAACUGAAAAAUAUUAUUUGUUGAUUGUUGAAUACUAAGACGUUGUGCCCCAAUUUAACGUUAAAAAACAAAAGAAGGUUGCUUUACAGUCCUAGGUGUGUAAGGCAGUAUGAAAUUCCUUUACAUAUCUUCACUCAUCGCACCUGAUAUGUAGUAUUUCCGGACCUAAUUUGACAUAAGUCAUGUCAUGAUUUCAUAGCAAGUUUAAGAAUAAAUAAUUUAUAGCCUCAAUAACGUGUAGGCGUGCGCGUGUGUAUAUGUGUAAACUCAUUUCACACAAACGGGAGGCGACGGAUAUAUAAGCGCACGUAUGUCUUUACAGCUCAUACAGUAUCUGACAAGCGCCAGUAUAACUCACUGUACGCACGCACGCUGACACGCUCUCAGUGAUUAUAAUUAUCUGUGUGAGUUUAAUAAUCGUAUAUUUUUUUGAAACCGAAGAAAUUACGUCUUCAACAUCAUAAUCCUCCGCCAACCUCGCCGUGUUCAACGAGAUCGGGUCUGAUUUCGUGAAGUGGAUGCCCAUUAGCGUGGAGCGCUCAUUGUAUGAAAACUUUUUUUUAUGGGAAAUUCGAUUUUGCGGGGUUCUUGAAAGUGGCCAAUUAGCCUUAAUAUAAUGUAUACAAAAUCUUAUUUAAAUUAAUCCCCGGGAAGUAUUGCCACCAGGCUCCCAAACUUUCAGAAAAUAUCAAAUUUCUCGAUAUUUCUGAUAGGCUAUAAUAUACUUAACUAAUAAAGUUUACUUAAAAGAUUUCUAUUAUUCGAGUUAUUAAUAACAUAAAUACAAUAAAAAAAAUUGAAAAAUGACAUAUUUUAUUGCAAAAUAAUUUUAAAACACUUGCCAUUUUCGUCUGCAAAUCGCGCGAUGGCGGGAAUUCGGGAGAUGCACUUCGCCCCCGCGCAGGUCAGGGGCGAGGGGCGGGGUGGUUUGACCUUAAACUAGCAAGUGUAAUUUAGUGUGAUUUGUCAAUUCUAAUUGAUCGCACGCCUGUUUUGCUUUAAUUUGUGAAGAGUUUAGCGAACAUAAAUCACGGCGGGAGCGCGCGCAUAUAAUGAGUUUACGCAGUGGAAAGAAGUGUCCAAUAUUUGUUAAUGGACAGGAAUUACCUCAAAACGUACUACCUACUUACGAGGAUGUUAUCAGGUACUACUUACUUGUUACACAAAAUAUACAACAACGCCAAGAUCGCGUCAAAAUAACGGCGGAAACCGUUGCUACUGAAAUCGAAAAGAUUUGGACGAGGGCUUCCAUUCCCUUUAUAGAACAUCGCACCAUUGUAGCUCGUAUAAAAGCAUACCACGAUAAGUACCGCUUUAUAUUAAAACCUUACCAAAAAAGGAAAAGUAAUGAUAAUUAUUUGCAAAAGCUACAGCAGUUCAAAACAGACAGCAAAAAGUUAUUCGACAUAGCUUCUUGCAAAUGUUCGUGCUUCAUUUCAUGUUUGUGCGAAAAACGUCGAAAAAUACCGAUACAAGAAAGAGAUUUUAUGAUUGAUCAGAGGAAUGAGAGAAAAAUGAUGAUUGGGUCCAUAGAUUUGGUAACUACGAAACGAUUUGAGAGAAAACUUGAAAGAGAAGCUAAGAAAACCCCAUGUGAAAAACAAGAAUUAUUGACCGAGACUGGGGCGAUUGAUAUCGCAAAACCUAGAGAUGGAUCGAGUUUUUCUAGGGAGAUAAAUAAUGAAAGCAGCUUGAAACCCUUGCUAUCUGUGAGUGAGGCUCCUCGUAACACAAGUGUGCCACCAGUAUCGUAUGCGACAGUUGCAAGAACAUUGGAUCGUUAUGGGAUUUCUGAUAGAGCCGGUGCUGCGUUAGUUUCUGCCACCCUCCAAGACAUUGGUUUAAUAACAAGGGAAAGCUCAGAUAACAUUGUUGAUCGGUCCAAAAUUCGCAGAAUGCGAUCUAAAGCAAGAGAAACAGUUAUGAAACAAGGCUUCACUGAUAUUCCAGAGUACAUUUGCAUUUCAUUUGAUGGCCGGAAGGACAAGACGUUAGUUCAAGAAGACAGUAGAAGAAGAGUUAUAGUAGAAGAGCAUAUAACUGUGUUGAUGGAACCGGGGUCAAAAUACUUGGGCCAUAUAUCUUUGAAGUCCGGGAAAGCUAAAGAAAUUGCUACAAGUUUAUGUUCCUUUUUUGCGGAAAAUUCAAUUAGUCUGACUAAUAUUCUGGCUAUCGGUUGUGAUGGGACUGUCGUUAACACGGGCAACAAGGCAGGAAUUAUAAAACUGAUUGAAAACCAACUACAACAGCCACUUCAAUGGCUAAUAUGUCAACUGCACGCAAACGAAUUGGCUUUACGACAUCUAUUUGAUAACUUGGACGGCUCUACCACGGGUCCAAAAAGCUUUAGUGGGCCGAUUGGCAAGUCACUAAACAAUUGUGAGUUACUUCCUGUUAAAUCCUUCAACGCUAUAACGUGUUGCUUACCAGAUAUAACGAAGAGCCGCGAUGAUCUGAGUACAGACCAAUUGUAUCUGCUGGAAAUGUGUCAAGCGAUCAGUAAAGGCGAGUGCGACGAGAGAUUGGCAAAACGCAGGCCUGGAAAAAUAUGUCAUUCAAGAUGGCUUACUACGGCAAACAGUAUCCUCCGACUCUACAUUGCGACUGAAAACCCAGCUAAAAAUCUGAAAAUACUGACAGAGUUCGUAAUUAAGGUUUAUGCCCCCAUGUGGUUUCGCAUUAAAACUCACCCGAGCUGCAUUCAUGGCGCCAAACAUCUAUUUGAUACAAUUCAACUCUCACGAUACCUUCCGGACAAACUUAAGAAGGUGAUAGAUCCGGUAAUACAGAGAAAUGGCUAUUUUGGCCAUACAGAAAAUAUCCUGAUUGCGAUGUUAGCAGAUGACCGGAAGCACAAUAGAGAACUUGCACUGAGAAGGAUUUUAAAAAUACGCGAUAGUUCUACUGGUCGUACUCCUAUGCGAGUCUUUAAAGUACCAAAGUUUAAUUUCGAAGCACAGGAUUUUACAGAACUCGUGGCCUGGGAUAAGCCAUCUGAACCACCUCUCACCAAAAUUUACCCUACCGACGUCAUUCUUGCGGCCUUGAUGGAUCCCGAAAAAAACACCUCAGAAAUAUUGCAGGUCUUUCAGGAUAUCCCUUGUCACACUCAAGGAACAGAAAGAUGCAUUAAAUUAGUAACGGAAUCUUGUGCAGCUGUUUGUGGACAAAAUCGAAGAGAGGGCUGGAUUAGAAACAAAAUAAAAUCGUUCCAAGUAAUGCCCUCAUUCAACACGAAAAAAGAGUACAAAAUUGAGUAAAUUGUCGAUUUUACAAUGUUAAUUUACAUUUUAAAAAACCAGAAUAUCGCUGUUACAUUGAUUAAUUUUAAUUAUUUCACUUGUAUUUAAUUACUAUGUUUUUAUAAUUUCAUGAAAAAAUACUUAGAAGUGCACUUUUAAUUUUUUUUAAUAAACCAUUGUUUUUCCUAAUUAUCAGAAUUUCAAUGCCGUGGUGGCAAUACUUCCAUCCAUUUUACGAGUUUACUCCCAUAAUACAUUUUAAUCCUAAUACCAAUAUGCAACUUUCCCGCACCCCGCCUUUUUCAAAA